AUGACCCCAUCAUCGGUAUCUGAAUCAUCCUCACUGGAAAGCAUCAAUGUUGCAACAAACAUGACCAAACGACAUGAGAGCAUGCUUCCGCCUGAAAAAGAAGAAAGGCUUUUUCGCAGCCCAAAGGAGAUGAUCAAUGACUUGCUGCAGCAAGUAGAACAAACAGAGCUACGACAUGCAAUGCGAGUUGAAAUUAAACGGCUACUCACUGAUCAUGAGCGACUUGUAUCCAUGUUACAACAACGAUCCGAGCUUUUGGAACACGAAAAUGAUGAAUUACGACAUGCAUCUCAGGAGCAUCAACGUCGAUAUGAAAAGGCUGUGAGAGAGAUGCAAUUUUUUAAACGCAAGUACGAGCAUCAUAGACAACAACAAGAAGAGCAACGACCUCGAAGGAGUUUAUCCAUCGACUCUCGAACAUCAUCUGAACAACAACAACAACAACAACAACCUUCACAUGCAACCUCUACCGCUGGUGUUGGGGCAUUUCCAUUAACACCUACAAGCCCACAACCCAUUCCAGAAGAACCACAAGAUCCAUCGUCUUCAACAACAGCCACCACCACUACCACUACCAACAACAAUAAUAAUAAAACAGCAAGCAUCACUCUAUUUUGCCCUCCACCUUAUGAUGCAGCUGAGCUAGCACGUAUGGCAAAGAGCCCGAUCCCAGGACCAGCAACCCUUCCAUCUUGCGUAGAUCAUCCACAACGUGCAUUUGGGGAUGCUCCACAACGUACAUUUGGGGAUGUUCCACCAUAUCAGCCUGCAGUAGUUUAUCGAGUACGCCAAAACUCAACGGCAGCCAGCGUACAUAGCACACAAUCAUCAAGUACUGAAGGUGCUAAUACUAUUGCCAGCCAAGGUACAAAAUCAACAGUGUCAACGGUAUCAUCGGUACCAUCCUCAGCAUCGUCAGCGUCUUCAUCGUCAUCAUCAUCAUCCGCAGGAGGAGACAAAGCACGUAAAAAACAAUCAUGGCAACAACAACAACAACCUGUAAACCUACCAACCCCAUCCACCACUACCAAUACCACAACCACCAUGUCUCCAAAUACAGUGCAUUCAGUACCCAUGACACCUGUACGCUCUAGCACUGCCACAAAUGGGUAUACAGGUGCCUCCCUUAUCCAACAACGGCGUGUCGAUCCAUUGAUAUUUGGUGGCUCUGAUGGAUUAUGGGAUACCAUUGCCAAGAGUAAAGGAAGCGAUGCAACCGUGGAAAAGAUCAUCAGCAACUUUUUACGGAGAGGGGGAUCGCCUAAUACAUCCAAGCAAUCGGGAUCUGCAAAUGCUGUCAAAUAUGGAUAUGGGAUGAUUCAUGCAUUGAUUGUGACCAAGGCACCUGGAUCGUUAGAUUUGCUGUUACAACAAGGUGCUAAUCCCAAUGUGAUGACGUUGAGUCAAAUUGAAGAUGACAAGGUCACGCCUUGUUAUUUGGCUGCUGAAGUGGGCUGGUUGACCGGAUUACAAAAGCUGGUGCAAGCAGGUGGUGAUCUAGUAGCUGCGCGUGGUGCUGGUAUCAAAAACAAGACGGCCCUUCAUGUUGCAGCCGAACAUUGCCAUGCUGCUGUGGUCGAGUAUAUCGUCAAUGUCACUCAAGGUGCUCUCAACUUGGAAGAAGAUAGUCAAGGUGCAACGGUAUUGCAUUAUGCAUGCGCGUCGGGUCAUACAGACCUUGUGUCGUUUCUAGCUCGGUCGUGUCAGAUUCCAGUGAAUCAGCCUGAUCAUCGAGGCGAAUUGCCGUUGCAUUGGGCUGCACGUCAUGGUCGAUUGGAGGUGGUGACCCUCUUGGUGGAACGGUGUGGAUGCGAUGUGAAUGCCUAUGUGCCUCGUAAAGUGGGGACUCCGCUUGAUUUGGCUAAAGCUGGCAGUCAACGUCGUCUUGUUGAUUAUUUAAAGGGACUCGGUGCAUUGACAGGCAAAAAGAUGGAUCGUCGUCGUGAAGAGGAGAAUGAAAAUGAAGGCUAUCUCGAGAACAAAUUUGCCAAGAAUGGUUUUGCAGGUUUCUUUGUAGGCGGAGAAGAGGAUGUCGACUUCUUUUGA